CAGAGAUUUGGAGACGAGGACGGCGGUUCGUUCUCUCACUCACUGACUCCGUGAUUCUGCUUUCCAGGGUUUCUCCUCUGAGAGUUAAGUAGUGAACCCCAAUCAAGAAAAAUCAUUUGUUACCCCGGUUACUCAAUUUGAAACCACCGCCUUGGGGCAGACGUCAAGCUGGCGACCGGAGCAGGAAAGAAGGAGGAAGUGGAGGAGGAGCCUGUAGCAGUGAAGGAGGAAGAGGAGGAGCCUGCAGCAGUGAAGGAGGAAGAGGAGGAGUAUGUGGUGGAGAAGGUUUUGGACCGCAGAGUGGUGAAGGGAAGAGUAGAGUUUCUGCUGAAAUGGAAGGGGUUCUCAGAUGAGGAGAACACAUGGGAGCCGCAAGACAACCUGGACCUGGACCUUAUCACCGAGUACAUGCAGAAACACAAGGAGACGGAGGAGGAGAAACACAGAGGAGGAAUGGGACCAAAAUGUCACCACUGUGACAAAUCCUUCACAACAUCUGGAACUUUAAAGAUUCAUCAGAGAGUUCACACUGGAGAGAAUCUACACAGCUGUGAUCAAUGCGGGGCAGCUUUCACACUGAAAAGUAACCUAAAAUUACAUCAACACAGUCACACUGGAGAGAAGUCGUACAGCUGUGAUCUACGUGGUAACGCCUUUACUGAUAAUAAUGACUUUAUAAGACACCAGCUCGUUCACACCAGAGAGAAGCUGUACAGCUGUGAACACUGUGGGAAAACAUUUCCUGAGAGCCGUAACCUUAAAUCUCACCAGCGCAUUCACACCGGAGAGAAGCCGUACUCGUGUGAAUGUGGGGAAACGUUCUCUCAGAGCUGUAGUCUUAAACGACACCAGCGCAUUCACACUGGAGAGAAGCCGUACUGUUGUGAUGUAUGUGGUAGAGCAUUUUCUGAGAGUGGUAUUCUUAAAUCUCACCAGCGCAUUCACACCGGAGAGAAGCCGUACUCGUGUGAAUGUGGGGAAACGUUCUCUCAGAGCUGUAGUCUUAAACGACACCAGCGCAUUCACACUGGAGAGAAGCCGUACUGUUGUGAGAUAUGUGGUAGAGCAUUUUCUGAGAACAGUAGUCUUAAAUCUCACCAACGUGUUCACACCGGAGAGAAGCCGUACAGCUGUGAUAUAUGUGGUAAAGCAUUUUCUCAAGUUGGUAGCCUUAAAUCUCACCGACGUGCUCACAAUGGAGAGAAACCGUACCGGUGUGAUCAAUGUGGGAAAUCAUUUUCUCAGAAUCAGCAGCUUGUACAGCAGCAGAGAGUUCACACUGGAGAGAAGCCUUACAGCUGUGAUCAAUGUGGGGUAGCUUUCACACAACAGAGUGCCCUGAAAAGACAUCAACACAUUCACACUGGAGAGAAGCCGUACAGCUGUGAACAAUGUGGGGAAACUUUUUCUCGUGGUGAUGCCCUUAAAUCUCACCAGCUCAUUCACACUGGAGAGAAGCCGUACAGCUGUGAACAAUGUGGGGAAACUUUUUCUCAUAGUGGUAGCUUUAAAACUCACCAGCGCACUCACACUGGAGAGAAGCCGUACUGGUGUGAACAAUGCGGAAAAAUGUUUUCUCAGAGUAGUCAUCUUAAAACUCACCAGCUCAUUCACACUGGAGAGAAGCCGUACUGGUGUGAACAAUGUGGGAAAACCUUUUCUCAGAGUACAGUAUAUUUAAAGAUUCACCAGCGCAUUCACACUGGAGAGAAGCCGUACAGCUGUGAACAAUGUGGGGAAACCUUUUCUCGUAGUAGUUACCUUAAAACUCACCUGCGCAUUCACACCGGAGAGAAGCCGUACAGCUGUGAACAAUGUGGGGAAACCUUUUCUCAGAGUGUAAGCCUAAAAAAACACCAGCGCAUUCACACUGGAGAGAAACCUUACAGCUGUGAACAAUGUGGACAAACCUUUUCUCAGAGUGGUCACCUUAAAACUCACCAGCGCAUUCACACUGGAGAGAAACCUUACAGCUGUGAACAAUGUGGGGAAACUUUUGCUCGUGGGGAUGCCCUUAAAACUCACCAGCGUAUUCACACUGGAGAGAAACCGUACUGGUGUGAACAAUGUGGGAAAACCUUUUCUCAGAGUAGAUAUUUAAAGAUUCAUCAGAGAGUUCACACAGGAGAGAAGCCUUACAGCUGUGAUCAAUGUGGGGCAGCUUUCACGCUACAGAGUACCCUAAAACCACAUCAACGCAUUCACACUGGAGAGAAGCCGUACAGCUGUGAACAAUGUGGGGCAGCUUUCACGCUACAGAGUACCCUAAAAACACAUCAACGCAUUCACACUGGAGAGAAGCCUUACAGCUGUGAUCAAUGUGGGGCAGCUUUCACGCUACAGAGUACCCUAAAAACACAUCAACGCAUUCACACUGGAGAGAAGCCGUACAGCUGUGAACAAUGUGGGGAAAAAUUUUCUCGUAGUGGUAACCUUAAAUCUCACCAGCGCAUUCACACUGGAGAGAAGCCGUUCUGGUGUGAACAAUGUGGGGAAACCUUUUCUCGUGGCAAUGCCCUUAAAGCUCACCAGCGCAUUCACACUGGAGAGAAGCCUUACAGCUGUGAUCAAUGUGGGGCAGCUUUCACGCUACAGAGUACCCUAAAAACACAUCAACGCAUUCACACUGGAGAGAAGCCGUACAGCUGUGAACAAUGUGGGGCAGCUUUCACGCUACAGAGUACCCUAAAAACACAUCAACGCAUUCACACUGGAGAGAAGCCUUACAGCUGUGAUCAAUGUGGGGCAGCUUUCACGCUACAGAGUACCCUAAAAACACAUCAACGCAUUCACACUGGAGAGAAGCCUUACAGCUGUGAUCAAUGUGGUGCAGCUUUCACGCUACAGAGUACCCUAAAAACACAUCAACGCAUUCACACUGGAGAGAAGCCGUACAGCUGUGAACAAUGUGGGGAAAAAUUUUCUCGUAGUGGUAACCUUAAAUCUCACCAGCGCAUUCACACUGGAGAGAAGCCGUUCUGGUGUGAACAAUGUGGGGAAACCUUUUCUCGUGGCAAUGCCCUUAAAGCUCACCAGCGCAUUCACACUGGAGAGAAGCCUUACAGCUGUGAUCAAUAUGGGGCAGCUUUCACGCUACAGAGUACCCUAAAAACACAUCAACGCAUUCACACUGGAGAGAAGCCGUACAGCUGUGAACAAUGUGGGGCAGCUUUCACGCUACAGAGUACCCUAAAAACACAUCAACGCAUUCACACUGGAGAGAAGCCUUACAGCUGUGAUCAAUGUGGGGCAGCUUUCACGCUACAGAGUACCCUAAAAACACAUCAACGCAUUCACACUGGAGAGAAGCCGUACUAG